UCAUAUACCGCUCCCCUAACCAACUUAGUGACGAAACGGCCUCACCUAGUACCAUAGACCCGUCUUGAUCGUCUUGAUGGAACCUACCCUGAAAAGAUGCAAAACGAAAAACUAAAUGAGUACAAUACUUUUGCAAUUUCAGUCACAAUAAAACUGACAAAUAUUUUUGUGACAAAGUAUGGUAUUUUGAGUUUGUCAAAAAUUACUAUCAUGCACAGCGCAGUGUACAUUGCGAUGUAAAUUUACAGAUCAUUCUUUGUUUUGUUUUUAUCAAACAAUGGAUGAAGAAGAAAAACCUUUCCUUGCUGGAUUCCUUACCAUAAAGUCCCAAAGUGGAUUUUCCAUACGAAUCUCGAAGAAGCCGAGAUAUUGUCAGCUUUUUAGAGCUAGCCGCAAUGGAAUUGAACGGUUGGAAAUAAGCGACAGCGAAAGUGAUAAAAACACAAGAAUUGUUACACUGGAGAACUGUGUGAAAAUAGUAUUAGAGACAUCGGUCAACAUCAUCAACAUUGUUACUAAAACAGGACAAAUCCAGCUUCAUUCAACUAAUGAUGCGACCAUCAAAGAAUGGAAAGUUGCUCUGCAGUCAGUAGCAUUUAAAGAAAAAUCUGUGCAGAGCAAUACUUUGUCAAGCAAUGCCAUUAUUGAGGAGGAUAAUGAUCUAUAUUGUUCAUCUUAUAGCGAAAAUAUCUUCACGGUUACACUGAUACCGACCGACGCAUCGAUGAAAUGUGGCCUUGAACCAAAAAUGUUCACGUUGAUGUUAUCCAAUACCGAGAUACAACUCAAAUGCUACGAAGAUGAAUCUAUUAUCGUUGCAAAGUGGCCAUACCGUUUCAUUAGAAAGUACGGUUAUCGUGAUGGAAAAUUUACUUUCGAAGCUGGGCGAAAGUGCGACACCGGCGAAGGGACGUUUAAACUGGAUAACGUCAAUCCACAGGAGAUAUUUCGAUGUAUGUCGACGAAAAUGAAGUCGAUGAAGAAAAUUAUGAACGGUGAGAGUUUCAAUCGAAGUACUCAUUCCAUACAAAAUCAACUCAGCGCUGCUUUAUCAAUGGAGCCCGGUUCGAGAAACCCACUGCCACCUAGCUCACAAAGCUCUUUCGCAGAAAUCGAAAGCCAUAAUUCAUUUCACGGAAUUCUGUCAUCAACAGAAUUGUUUAACUCUUCUACGCUGUGCAGUAAGAACGGUAUACCAAUCAAACCUCCGCGCAAACCUGUACCGCCUAUGAUAAGCAAUACAGCAAAUUUUAAACCACAUUCUGAACAAAGAAGUCUCAGUAGAACUUCGAAUGUUUCAUCAGUAUUCAUACAAAAUCUCGAUAAUUUUAAUGAUUUAUCGGAUUCUACAUGCAGCAACCCUGUGCCAUUGCCUUGUGAAGGCAACCGAGAUUAUGAGUGUGUAGAGGAUAUAACUGAAGCUUGGAAAAAGCUUGGAAUUGAUGACAUAAAUCACACUGAAAAUCCACUAACAUCAGACGAAGAGCUACGUGAGUUUGUCCGGGAAAGAUCGAAAUCAUCAUGGGAGUACUCUUCGAAAAGUCGCAAUGAGAAAAUUAAAUUGGGGGAAGAUUCGAACACUAAUCUAUUGGACGAUAAUUAUGACAAAUUGGAUUUCUUUCGCACUUCUCAUAAAGUAAGUUCUGGAUAUAAAACGAUUGUCCCAAUAAAGCUGCAAACCGCUCCCCCACGACAUAAUACGAAUUCUUCCGAUGAUUAUGAGGUGGUUGGAUCUCCGGCUUCAACGUCCACAUCCUGUGCCAGCCAUAACAUAGUUACGGAUCAAACCGAAGGAUAUGACAACAAUGCAAAUCAGACGGCAUUAGUUCCUCCCGAUACGUCGCCUUACAGAAAGGCGGAUGACAGCUGUAUAGGAUACGGUAUAAUCCGAAAGACAAGUAUACAAUCGCAAAACCUAGUAACGCACAGUUCUCCCAUACCAGCCAAUUCGUUCAAUGAAGAAUCAGAUAAAGUAUAUCGGUUUGAUUAUGCUACCGUAAGCAAACCUAAACGAGUUUAAGUCGAUUUAUAAACAAUCUAAUGAUA